GGGGCGCGUGCGCGCGCGCGCCGCGGGCCAGGGAAGCCGGCGGUCCUGGCACGUGAUCCGCGACCGGCUUGGUCGCUUCGUGGCUGCGUCUGUCCGUCCGUCCGCGGGUGCCAUCAUGGCGGACGCGGCCAGUCAGGUGCUCCUGGGCUCGGGCCUCACCAUCCUGUCCCAGCCGCUCAUGUACGUGAAGGUGCUCAUCCAGGUGGGAUAUGAGCCUCUUCCUCCAACAAUAGGACGAAAUAUUUUUGGGCGGCAAGUUUGUCAGCUUCCUGGUCUCUUCUGUUAUGCUCAGCACAUUGCGAGCAUCGAUGGGAAGCGUGGGUUGUUCACAGGCUUAACUCCAAGACUGUGUUCAGGGGUCCUUGGAACGGUGGUCCAUGGUAAAGUUUUACAGAAGAAGAAACCAUCUCCUCUCUUGCUUGGUUUAGAAACAGUCAGACACAAAAGGAAAAGUGAGCAUUACCAGGAGUGUGACAAGGCUGAGGAGUCAGGAUCUGGAAAUGUACAGAAAGAAGUUUCAUCUUCCUUUGACCGAGUUAUCAAGGAGACAACCCGGGAGAUGAUGGCUCGUUCCGCUGCUACUCUGAUCACACAUCCCUUCCACGUGAUCACUCUGAGAUCUAUGGUACAGUUUAUUGGCAGAGAAUCCAAGUACUGUGGACUUUGUGACUCCAUAGCAACUAUCUAUCGGGAAGAGGGCAUCCUAGGUUUUUUUGCGGGUCUUAUUCCUCGCCUCCUAGGUGACAUCAUUUCUUUGUGGCUCUGUAACUCACUGGCCUACCUCGUCAACACCUAUGCACUGGACAGUGGGGUUUCCACCAUGAAUGAAAUGAAGAGUUAUUCCCAAGCUGUCACAGGAUUUUUUGCCAGUAUGUUGACGUAUCCUUUUGUGCUUGUCUCUAAUCUUAUGGCUGUCAACAACUGUGGGCUUGCUGGCGGAUGCCCUCCCUACUCCCCAGUAUAUUCUUCCUGGAUAGAUUGCUGGUGCAUGCUACAAAAAGAGGGAAAUAUGAGCCGAGGAAAUAGCUUGUUUUUCCGGAAGGUCCCCUUUGGGAAGACUUAUUGUUGUGACCUGAGAAUGUUAAUUUGAAGAUGUGGGGCAGGGACAGUGACAUUUCUAUAGUCCCAGGUGCACAGAAUUAUGGGAGCGAAUGUUGAUUUCUAUACAGUGUGGCGCGCUUUUUUAAUAAUCAUUUAAUCGGGAAAAUGGAAGUGUUUGGUGUCUGCCUUUUUUUGUUCUUUUUCCCAGCACAACAUAAUUUACCACUGAUAUUCCCCCUUUAGUUAUUCUGAAAUGGGACAUUUUUACUCCAGAUUAUUUUACUUAAAGACGUUGCAUUUACCUAAAGGUACGGGCAGGUUGUCAUGUGAUGAGUCUUAAUUUAAGGCUUUGUAAAAUGAAGAGUACAAUCCCAUGAAGAAAGAAAUAAUUCUGUAAAAGUUAAAAUUAAUAAGGCAAAUGAUAUUGGAGGUUAUAAAUUCCUUUUUCUUUAGUAGACCUUAAAAACUCAGCAGCAUCUACCAGAAUCUGUAUAUUCUUCUAAGCACAUUUGAUUAAAUCUGUCUCUCAUACUUCAAAGAAAGGACAGUACACUGCUAACCUACCCUAGAAAAUCUCUGCACGAGGCAUCCAUGCCUUCAGUCUGUUAUUGCAAAGCAAUAAAUUGUGUUGCCAACAACAAAAAGGACAAUUAUAGAGAGUAAGCAAGAUUUGGAAAGGAAGCAUAAUGGCUUUUUUUUCCCAGAAGAAAUUCUUAUUGUCGUGAAAUAUGAGAAGCAAAUACUGCAGCAUGAGGCCCCCUUCUCUAAGAGCUAAGCCUCUGCCAGUCCCUAAAUUACAUCAUUAUUCAGUUCUAAUGGUAUAUGAUAUUUUGUUACUCCGUUUUUUAUUUUGUUUGCUUUUUGUUGUUGCAGAAGGUGAGUAGUUUGUCUUUCAUUUCUAAUGACACCCUUGGAACGUGUACGUGUAGCUUCGCUUCUCGUAAUGCAGACUUAGGUCCACAAGAUUCUUAUGCUGUUGACCACCUCGCAUGUCAUAGCCUCCGUUAGGCAUGUCAGCACUCGCAGGAGGGGGAAGAAUUCAUUUUAGAAGGAAAUAAACUUCCACUCAAACAUACAGCUCUUAUUUACUCAGGCCUUUUAAAAGCCGGUAAAGAUGCUCUAAAAUGAGAACGUGUUUGGUUUCAUGUAUUUAAGUAAUCUGCUGGGUUGUUGUCAAAUGAGUACACACUUACUUUGCUGCUUCUUGAACGAGUUUGCUCCUUGCCUGUGAACACAGCAGCACCCACAGUGCUAGAGUGAGCACGCAGGGCCCCCCGCCCCCCAGGCUUAGGAGCACAGCCUGAAGCUCGUGAGUAGCUUACCUUGAAAUGUCUUUGAUGUCUCUUUGUCUCAAAAAGUAAUAUAAAUUUUAUAUUCUAUUCAAUAUUUGCAUUUGUUUUAAUAUAAAAGUUUUGCAUUACCUACUUUUUUCCCCAAAAAAAUCUUCAAGUAAAGAGGAUGUAGGAAAAUGUGCCAUGUUUAUUACCCUGAGGCUUCUGUUCCCACGCACACUCCGCCUGCCCACUCCGGUGCCCGGCUGUGGGAAGCAGUCUACCGCCAGAGGGCACCAGGACUUUGCUUUUGUACGCAAGUUGGGAAACGUUUCACCAGGGCCUGGGGUUAUUCAAAGUACUGGCUGAUCAAUCCAACUGCAUCCAAGCUACAAGUUCAGUAAGAGUACUACACCUGUGGUCCUCAUAAAAUUCUGUAAGCCAUGAACAUAUUCAGAGUUUGAAGUUUAUUCAAGGCCUAGUAAAUGCAGGUAGGUAGGUGCUUUUAAGAUACACAUGCAAGAAAUACUGAACUGACUCAUUAUAUAUGUAAAUCAUGUAAACCUAGAUAAGGAUUAUCUUGUAAGCUGCACUUGUGAAACUGGCCCAGUGGUUUGCCCUGGCAGUACUGAGCUAAGUUGCCAGGAACUAUUGCCUCUGGGGAGUGUGCUGGUCAGUGAAGCUUGAUUGAAGAAAAGAAUGUGGGGUUUCCUGGGACUUUGGGGGAGCUUGUAGAAGUACCAGGGUAUACAGACAAGCUUUGGAUAAAGGAAACUUUAAACAUAGUCCUAUAUCCCAGCUAUUUACUGUUACCUAAACGUACUCUAGUUUUGCUAUGAUUUCCUACUGUAGAAGUGUCCUGCUUUCCCUCUCCUCAUUGAAAUUUUUGCUAUAUGGUAAAAUUCAGUUCUAGUGCCAUCUCUUUGUGAAGUUUCUCUUAGUCCUCCAAACCAGAUGAGAUCUUUGCCUUCAAACUUCUCCUCCCCCAAGUCUUGUAAUUAUACUGCAAACUAAACUGACAAAAUAGAAACUACAUCCAACGCCAGAUUCAAGGCUUAUACAACAGUAGCGUUACUUCUCUCUGAUCCGAAAAAUCUGUGAAAAAAAUUACAUUUAGCCCUUUAAAACAGGCCCACUAAAACAGCAGCCUCACUGGGCUUUAUAGGAAAAGUAGCUGGUAAAAGAGGUGCAUAAAGUUGGUCAGUUUAAGGUGCUGUGGCAGGUAAGGGGAAGCAAGAAGAGAGAACAGUAGGGAGUAAUGACUGCCAAGCCUGUUGUGUAAACGUUAAUUCUCAUAAUCUUCGGUAGAGUAGGUAUCCCCACUGUAGAGAUGAAGAAAAUGAGACUUACAUUAAGUAACUCAUUCAAAAUUAUACAGCUCGUAAGUUUCAGAGGCGAGUCCAAACCUGAGUCUUUCAAAUUCCAAGGCAUGUUUACUGCUUCAUAGAGGCAAUGAAAUGCUGAGAAAAAAGUAGCCAAUGAACCAAAUGAUAAGUGAUUCAUCCAUCUGAGGAAAAAUGGCCUUGCCUGCGUUUUAGUCAAAUCAGUGAACCAAAGAACAAGCCUCCCACAACAUACAAUGGUCUUCAAUCAGAAAAGACAUACUUUUUGCCUCUGAAGAAUGAUAAAUAGGGGAAGCAACUGAAAAUAGAGAUGGUCACCAUUACUUUUCUAUACUGUUCUGAUUUAUGCAGAUGGAAAGCUAAGUUACUGUACGGGAAGGAUGUAUUCCCAGGAGUGCCCUCGGUCCAGUGUAUUGGAACUCCUACUACAUUUGAAGGAUAACAUUUUUUGAAAAUGAUUUGCAUGUCAGCUCCUUAAUGGAGGAUUUUUUUUUUUUUUUUUUUUUUGGCCCUGUCCCUUGGCUUGUGGGAUCUUAUUUCCCCAACCAGGGAUUGAACUUGGACUGUCGAAGUGAAAGCAUGGAGUCGUAACCACUGGACCACCAGGGAAUUCCCUCAGUGGAUUCUUCUAGAACAUCUUUGCAUAGUGGAGGGUUCAUUAAGGCUGCCUCCCUAAGUGCCAUAGUAAUUUGUAUCUUUGGAGAUUUUUUUGUUCUUUUUGUUCUUUUUUGGGGGGGGAGGGCGCUGCACCACGUGGCUUGUAGGAUCUUAGUUCCUUAGUUCCCCGACCAGGGAUUGAACUUGUGCCCCCUGCAGUGGAAGCAUGAAGUCCUAAUCACUGGACUGCCAGGGAAUUCCCAUGGAGUUUUGUUUUGUUUUAAUAUAGGCAAGGUUGUGUGUUUUAUCUCCUCUGGAGAGAUUUUUUUUUUAGGCUUAUUUAAGGGUGUCACGUGACAUCUCAUUCUACUUUUUCCAUCUCUAUCGAUCCCUCGUCCUAUUAUCUCUUCAGAUUUGAGAGAAUCAGAAUCUUGAACUCUGAUUUUUGUCCUAGAGGGAAAGUGAAAGGUUCUUUUGCCACAAACCAAAAAAACCCAAAACAGCCUUCUUUUGAGAGUAUGUUGGAUGGUAACAGCAAUUAAUUUUCUAAAGCAGCUGUUUCCCUUCCAACCAACUUUGUCCACGUGAAUCGGCCUCAUCCAUUUGCUGCUUCCCCAAGCCGCCUCAGGGAGGCAGGUCUUCCACACGCACUGCCAUAAGUCCAUGGUCAUGAGAGAACCUGUGGAAAAGCCCAUUUGCCUUGCUCUCAUAAGUGGAUUCCUCUGCAGUCGGGGCCCCAGAUCUCUUGUCUGGGACCAAUUAGCCAGGUUUGGAUUAAAACCAGUUGUUCCAGAACCAACUUACUGGCACCCUGAAAAAAAUGUUUUCAAAUAGGUUCAGAUUAGUACCACUCAGCAAAAUAUGGCUGGAGAACAGUGCUUUGGAGCGUGUUGAGGAAAAGAGGGAGAAACAAAAAUGGACCUAGAGGAGCUAUUGAAGACUCGCCAGCUUCCUGAGAGGGAGAGCAAAUAAUGAAACAAACCCUGCCCCUCCCCAAUCCUAGAUGACGCUGUGGGUGAGAGAACGUUUCCUAGCACCACUUUCUGCCUCACUAAGGUAGCCAGAAGAAUGGACUGUUCCCUGGUAAUGCCACAUUUCCAUGGAAAACUCUGCUAGGCUUUGCGGUUUCUUUCCAAACUGAGGAGCCAGAGGUGAGAUAAGGACAAGAAACAGAUGUGUGCCUAGUCACUUUUUAUCCUGUCUGCGGCCCUGCCCUCCUGGCAUCCCAAAGACUGGUGAGAGUGUCCUUUGGCUGGAAACAAAAAAGGAGGGUGAAAAUGGAAACAAGAGCCACGCCUCACUUCAGACUGCUCACCUCCUCCUGGAAUUCAGCAUUUCAUACCCUUCCUCCCCUGAGGGGCCCACAUUUAGAGUUUAUAAAUACAUCCCUCAGUUACUAAGUAUGCAAAGCCCUGGGUUGGGGCAGUGGAGGAGGUAAUAAAUCUCUCCCCGUCCCCAUGGCAUUGCUGCACACUGAGGAAGGGAUGCAGUCUGAAGAGAACAUGAAAACUAAGGAUGUUGGGAGGAUUAAAUGGAACCCUGUGUAAAAGAGCAAAGCCUGGUGCGCUGAAAAGGUUCUCACUGAGUCUCCAAACACGUCUUGUGAUGGCUGUUGGACAGGCAGGAUGUGCCAGAAGUUGAAACCAAGCUCUCUGGGACCCACAAGAGGAAAAGCUCACAUCCAGUUGGGGGAACUCAAGGAAGACUUCAUGAAGGAGUGGCACUUGAGCUGGUCUCUAAGAACAGGACACUGGGAGGCAGGAUGGUGGAAUGGGAGCAUUUUCUAUCCCUGUCACUUAGCAGCCAUGCGACCUUGGACUUUGGUCAUAUUAAGCCUCAGGCUCCUCAUCUCUGAACUGAGGAUAAUACUCUUAUUGGAGCAUUAAAUUGAGUACAGUGUCACAGUAAAUAUUUGGAGUGUGGUGGCUGUUACGGUGACUUAAGAAUUAGAAGCUAAGGGGAUACUUUACAAAUACAGAUAGUAUAGGCAGUGUCAUGGAGCUAGUACCGGCCAAGCGUUGAGGGAAAGUGGAAUUGCAUCUCUAAUGACAGUCCUCACAUUUCUUCAGAGCUGCAUUUCUGCCAUAUAAUGAGCACCCCGGACAAUACCUGACGCACAGUUAUCAGUAAAUAUUUGUUCAGGAUCCUCAAAUUCAGUUACAUCGCAACCCUUCUCCCCAGGCCUGCAGUGGUGCUUGCAUUCUCAUAAACACUUCAUGAUCACCCUGUUUGCCAAGCUGAAACCCUGAAGAAGACUCUGAAUCCUCUCUACCCUUGCCUCUUCUAAGAAGUUACUGCUAGAUUCUCAGAAGCGCCUCUUGAAUUUGUCAUCCUCCCUCCGUCCCCACUGCCUUGCAGCAUCAUCUCUGCUCGCCUUGCAGCAUCAUCUCUGCUCAGCUGUUGCGGCAGCCUUCUAUCUUGUCCUCCUGCCACCAGCGCAGGACAGUAGGCAGUAGAUAAAGCUGGAGCUGUGUGGUACGACCUGGGUACAGAGGAUGGCUACAGCUUUUCCCUGCCCAUACAAGCUUCUGGCAAGGGAUAAAAUACUUUCUGACCUCAGUUUCUUAAGACUUCUUGCUCUAGCAUCCUUAAAUCCAUGCACCCUAAGCCCACGUCCUGCAGCCCCAAUUCUCCUCCUGCAACCUCCUCUGCUCCGCAUAUUGGUACAUCACUAGCAGCUGAUCUUUGUGUCUGUUAUCUUCCGCUGGAGCCUUGUGCAGAAGGAGCCAAGCUGAGAGACAAGGAUAUUUAUAAAUAGAAAGUGGGUGUAAAGUUCUGCAGUUGCAAAUGUUUUUUAAAAGGCUAAUUCCAUCUCUCCUCCAUUUGAGCUUUGAAAUUCCUGUCCACCUCCUCAUCUCCCAUCUUUUCCCAAAAGUUCUUAUCCCUCCUUGGUCAAGGCCAUGAUAUAAACCUGGAAACCAUGGCGGCUAAGAGAUGUCCCUCGGAAAGAAGUGAAUCUACAGACAGCUGUACAGAGUAAAAGCUGUUGCGGUCACAUAAAUGUACUUACCACCUAGUAACAGCAUAUUUAUUGUGGCUUCCUACACAAACUGCCCAUGUAUCCAUUAGCUCCAACCCGUCAAACAGCCAUAUAAACAAAAUACGACCCCAUUUUACUGAUAGAAAAGUGACGUUCCGAAGGAUUAACUGAUUUAGCCAAGACUGAUAAAUGACAAAGCCAAGAUUCAGACCUGCGUCUGCAAGGCUGGGGAAUUUCUAAUGUGUCAUGCACAUGUACUGAGUUCUGUUUUUCUACAUAAAAACGGGGGAACAGAUUUAAACAAGGAGGUGGAGAUGGAACUUGAUGAGAGAGAACUUGUGAUUUUAUAACAAUGAAAGGGUCAAGUUGUAUAUCAUGGUUGCAUACUCAAAAGCCCAGCAAACUGGCUUAAUUAAGAAAAGGAAUUUAUUGGCUCAGGCAGCAGAAAUGGCCCGUUGUUAAUCUGGUGGUUCAGAGAAAGCCGUCAGGACUCCCACUCUCUCCAGCCCUUGGGCCCACGUCUGCCUGGUUUCCCUCUCAGACAGGCUCACUCCCCUUGGCAGCAGGAUGGCAAAUGGCAGCUUCACUUACAUGGCUUCUUAGAGCUUGGAAUCCCAGAGAGCAAGUUAAUAUCUCUUAGGGAAGUUCCAGCAAGAAUCCCCUGGAGGACUCUGGCUUGAAACACGUCCAUCAGUAAACCAUUCCGUUCGGUGUGUCUGGGGGAUGGAGUACUCUACUGGCCAGACCUGAGUCAGGCCCAGCCUGAAGGUGUCAGGACCCAGGGUCAGUCCCACUGGAACUACGUACAGCUGGCCCUCGGCAUCUGCGGAUGCAACCAAACAGAUGCAAGGAUCUGCCCCGCUUUGGGCUGCAGGGGCGUGGCUCAGCAGAGGAAGGUUCACCAGGCACAGUCAUACACUGCAGCAUGUCCAAAAGAAACAGCUUGACCAGAGAGAGAAAGCAGCACAGUCCACCAAGAACAUGCCUGUGAAAACUGAGCCUGAGAUGGGCACGGGCACCUGUGCGUAGGCGUGUGUAUAUGUUACCUCAGUCACCCCGCCAACCACAUAGUAUCUCCAUUUUUCAAGUGAGGAAAAUGGAAGCUCAGAGAUGUGAACAACUUGCCGGGAAGGGGCAGAGCUGGAAUCCAGACCUGGAUGCGCUUGACUCCGAGUCCUGCGCGCUUGCCUGCCGCGCACGGCCGGCCUGGGGGAGCCUCUGCGUGAAACUGACAGGGGAGCGCGUGGAAGCCGUGGCCCCGCGGGAGUCCACCUCCGCCUGCCCAGCUGGGCUCUGAGGGCAGGACGGCCCCAGGCUGGGGGACCGCCCGCUCCUGCCCUGGCAGCCGCGGGCCCGCGCAGCUCUCCGCUGAGCAGCUGAGCAGUUCUUUACGUGCAUUGGUGACCGGUUCCUCUCUCAGUGGGAAGACACAGCUACCGAGGAGCGGCACCCCCAACCUUAGCUCUGACCGUGGGAAAGAACUGCCCAGUGCUGUCAGUGGCACAGGAACCACAGGACAAGGUUGAAUCGAGAAGGAAGGGUAUGUUGGCCAUGGAAUGAGUGGGUGAUCCAAUACAUAGUCCUAGAAAAAUAAUUUGAAGAAAUUAAAGUUAUGAUCUCACAUUUAGAGAUUUAAAUGGGAAUGUGGCACACAAAACAGAGAGGAGGCUCUGACAUAGAAGAUGAGGACACCCCAUUUGCAGAAAAUCCUCAGACAGAAAAAGGGGAAGGGCUGAAGAAACCAGCGUGGCUGUUACCGAGAGCUCCCUGACAGGCUCACAAAUGAAAAGGCAAGGAUAAGAGAAGGAAGGUGGCCGUCCUUGAUAAAUUGAAACCUGGAAGUAGUGCAGACAGUAAGAGACACUGUUGGUUACCUUCGGAGCGAGCGGAAUAAAGAGAGGUUAGGGUUCCACUUGGGGACAGAAGUGUCAGGUUAGCCGUCGUCAGAAAGCAGAAUGCUCAGCCCUGAUUUUUCUCACUCUCCACGGAAGAAAAACCUGUCUGACCUGGAAUGAGUCAAGCAAAACUUGGGAUAGAGGAAAUGGAAACUCCAAAGAGAGGAAAAGUAAACCUAGGCACCCAGCCAUUUAAAAUGAGUUGCAGGGACUUCCUGGGCGGCGCAGUGGUUAAGAAUCCACCUGCCAAUGCCGGGGACAUGCGUUCGAGCCCUGCUCCAGGAAGAUCCCACAUGCCGCAGAGCAGCUGAGCCUGUGUGCCACGACUACUGAGCCUGUGCUCUAGAGCCCUCAAGCCACAACUACUGAAGCCCGAGCACCUAGAGUUUGUGCUCCACAAGAGAAGAGACUGCGAUGAGAAGCCCGUGCACUGCAACAAAGAGUAGCCCCUGCUCUCCACAACUAAAGAAGGCCCAUGGCAGAGCAACAAAGACACAACGUAGCCAAAUAAAAAAUUAAUUAAAAAAAAAUAAAAAUGAGUUGCAAAUCCCAAGGUGUAGGACUUCCUAGGUGGCACAGUGGUUAAGAAUCCGCCUGCCAGUGCAGGGGACACGUUCAAUCCCUGCUCCAGGAAGAUACCACAUGCCUCAGAGCAGCUAAGCCCGUGCACUACAACUAUUGAGCCUGCGCUCUAGAGCCUGUGAGCCACAACUGUUGAGCCCACAUGCCGCAACUACGGAAGCCCACGCGCCUAGAGCCCGUGCUCUGCAACAAGAAAGGCCAUCGCAAUGAGAAACCCACACACCACAAUGAAGAGUAGCCCCCGGCUCGCCGCAACUAGAGAAAGCCCGUGUGCAGCAAUGAAGACCCAACACAGCCAAUAAAAUUAAUUAAUUAAUUAAUU